UCAUGACAACGCGCCAUGACAACCAAAGAACACAAGGAGACAAAGAUAGUUCACAUGUACAUAAUGAUGCCGGCAAAGCUUUUAAACCCUCACCCUGAUGACGGCAGCACAUGGACGUACGCAGACGUCUGCUGCAGUCACUCAUCUUGACUCUCUGUCUACUCUUUGGAAGAAGUCUGCCGGAUACAUCCGGUUCCGUGCGGCGCCAUUUUGAUGAAACAGCGAGGAGGGCAGCAGCAGCUCGGGAUAACCGAAAUGGAUUUUUAUGGAUUUAAAUCGAAGAUUAUCUUGGAUACGUAACUUUCAUCGUGUCAUUAUGGAGCAUAGCGGUGAGCCGAAGAGGAAUCUUUGCGUCCUGACUGCGUAACUGGUGGAUUUUUUCGUUGUUGUUGUUGUUGUUAGGCUAUUCGACAGCAGCUAACAUUGUUAGCCGUUAGCUUGUGUUAGCCUCGAGUUCACGUUGUGUUUGAGCGGCGAGCUAACGCUGGUGUAGCAUGUUAGCCCGUAGCUACAUUUAACGUUUGCACGGUAGAUUACGGUUUCAGUCUAUAACACCCGUGGACACGCUUCCACGCACAUUUCCGUGGACUUUUUGUGGAGCUCGGUAGUGUCUUGUCUUGACUUGAAUUAUAAAGAACUGUUACCCAACAAAAAAACAAAAAAGGCAAAACAUUACCCACACGGACUGAUGCUCACGAAACCCCAGGCCCGCUGCUGCGAGCGACGCUAGCGGCCCCGGGGAUUUCCACCACCACACAAGGACAAUUCACGACGGACUUGGCCUCGUUUUACACCCAUGUGAUAGGUUUGCGGUGUGCUGCACGGACUCUUUUGGAUUUGGUGGCAUCCUGUUUGUGUUUUGUCGGACUGUGACGAACUGACGAGGCACACUGCGCCGCUCCAUGGCGCUCUGGUCUCAAACCUCGAGUAUUUUUCUUUGGCAAUAACAAGGACUCUGUCGUCACCUGCGAGCUGAAACCCUUCCUUUAUCCUAGUCCCUUCUUUGUCCACAGUGUUUUCAGCGUAUUUAAAAAUAAGGUUUACCCCAUUAAAGUCACCAGAUUUAGCCUCCUGUGUUCAGUGUUGACGCUGUUUUUAUUUUGUUCUCAUACCAGGCCUGUGUUUUUUUUUCUUUUUCUUGUUGCUUGAUUUGACUUAAGUGCUUAGACUUGUUUAAAAAAAAAAAAGAAAAAAAAUGUCGUGUGUUCACUAUAAGUUUUCUUCCAAACUGGACUACAACACAGUCACUUUCGAUGGGCUGCAUAUCACGCUCAGCGAGCUUAAAAGGCAGAUUAUGGGCCGAGAGCGCCUCAAGGCCACAGACUGCGACCUGCAGAUCACCAAUGCGCAGACGCGAGAAGAAUACACAGAUGAUGAAGCCCACAUCCCAAAACACUCAUCCGUGAUCGUCCGCCGUACUCCGAUUGGUGGAGUAAAACCUGCUGGCAGGACGUUCAUUGUAGAUCGUUCUGACACAGCUGUGGUGGGAUCUUCUAGACCCGUAUGUAAAACAAACCCAAAAUCAACUCUCUCUCUCCUCCUCCUCCUCCUCUCACCUCUCUCCCUCUUCCCCUCUUUCUGGCUUUAGUCACCUUUCUUGAGAACAUUCUGUCAACAAUAAUUGAGUUGUGUGUAUCUUCUGUUCACUGUGUGUUGGCUACAUUUGUGUUGAGAUCUCAACCUCUAUAUGUCAUUUGAUGUCUUUCUGGGGGGGUUUCCUUGAGUUACAGUUAAAAUAGUUUGUUGUUUCUCUCUUUAAAAAAACCCUGGGUUUCUGUUUUUGAAAUUAGCGGAUUAAAGUUUGAAAUUGUGGCUGAGUGAGAUGAGGUUGAGAAGAGAAACAACAGACUAGCUCCGAUUUGUUUUUUCAAUGCUCUGAACUGACUAAAUGUUGAACUGUUGCCACUUUAUACCUGAUUGAGAAACCAUUUAAACUGUGACUGUAUUUCAUAUUGAAAUGGUUUUGUAGCCUGCUUCAGGCCAGGCAAAUGUAUUUUAAAGGGGUUUGUAAAAGGAAAAUAUGGUAUUUUUGUAUUAUAAUUCAUUGUCAUUUUAUUUUCUGUGAAAAUAUUCUUAUUUAUGUGGUUUAAGAACCCAAAUGAAGUAAAGUGUGGCUGGGAUUUAUUGUAAUUAACUUUACAAGACGAAAGUUGUGAGUGGAAGAGACUCUAUUAGUGAGUUUUAUUUUGAAAAGCUUACCCUGCUAAACUUUAAUUUACUCAAAUCUGUUGUUCAGUAACAUCUGCCAAUGUCAAUUGUUUUGUCCUGUACUAUUUCACCAUGAAGAUGUUCUAUUCUGCUUUGAGUAUGGACUGCACAUAACCCUUAAACCUUAAAGGCUCACAGGUUUCACCCUCGUGAGUUCAAUG